AUGGGGAUAACUGAUAUACUUUGUCAAGCCUUACAACAACAAUCUCAGGAUAUAGUUAAUGCCAUGUGUUUGGUUGGAACAACAAAGUAUCUUAUUCAAGUAUUGAGAGAAGAUGGUUGGGAUGCAUUAUUUACUGAAGUGAAGAACUUUUGUGAAAAACAUGAUAUUGAAAUUCCUGAUCUCAACGAUGUUCAUUCAACAACAAAAUUUGGACGAUCUCGUCUUCAACAAGGUCAGGUUACAAUAGAGCAUUAUUUUAGAGUUGAAAUAUUUUUUACUGCCAUUGAUCAACAAUUACAAGAGUUGAAUAACAGAUUUAGUGAGCAAGCAAUAGAUUUGUUAACUCUAAGUUGUGCUUUGACUCCUAAGGAUAAUUAUAAAUCUUUUAACAUUGAAAAAAUUUGCACUCUAGUUGAAAAAUAUUACCCUGUGGAUUUCAACAUGCAAGAGAAGAUUAAUUUGAAAUUUCAACUCCAACAUUUCUUGGUUGAUGCUCGUCAAGAUUUAAAUUUGAAUAAUUUAUCAACUAUCCAAGAAUUGUGCUCAUGUUUGGUUGCAACUGAAAAGACGCAAAAUUUCUACUUGAUUGAUAGACUACUUCGUCUUAUCAUGACUCUUUCGGUUUCUACUGCCACAACUGAAAGAUAUUUUUCAGCAAUGAAAAUUAUUAAAUCAAGGUUAAGAAACAAGAUGGAAGAUGACUUUUUAGCAUAUACCAUGACGAUUUAUAUUGAAAGGGAAAUUGUUGCAAGUAUCACUUCUGAGUCUAUUAUUGAUGAUUUCAAGUUAAUUAAAGAGCGUAGAGCAUUACUUUAA